AUGCGUUUAGCGAUUGUGUGCGCCAGCCUGCUUCAGGCAUGUGCGGCGUUAUCCACGGUGGGCCGAAGAGCAUGCCAGCACCCUACUCCCAAGCCCCUGGAUGGAUGUCCACCGAACACGCUCCUCGUUGGACGGGGAGGUGACUUUUCUACCAUCCAGUCUGCGGUACUGAGUCUGCCAAACGAUACGACGCCUUACCAUAUCCUUGUCCUUCCCGGCAACUACACGGAGCAGGUCAACGUUACACGCCCUGGGCCAGUCUACCUCUUUGGUCAAACCGCAUUUCCGGCUGACCAGUCCAAGAAUGCUGUCAAUGUCAUCUGGAGAAACGCCACUGGAGCUGGUUUAUCCAAACUGGACAACGCCUACACAUCCGUCCUCACGGUUGCGCCAACCUUCAACGCCAGUCUGACAGGUUCAGGCCCGACUGGCUUCCCCGUCCCCGCCGACACGCCCUUUGGCAACAACGACUUCCGGGCGUACAACCUCAACUUCAUCAACGACUACAAGCCGUACUCGGCUGGGCCAUCGCUCGCGGUAUCCGUCAGCUACGCCAACGCGGGUUUCUACUACUGCGGUUUCUACUCGUACCAGGACACGGUGUACAUUGGCAAGCUGGGCAACGCCUACUUCUACAAGAACGAGAUUGCUGGCGAAACCGACUUCUUCUACGGCUUCGGCACCGCCUGGAUUCAGUCCAGCCUCGUCACGCUGCGCAGCUGCAGCGGCGGCAUCACCGCAUGGAAGGGCACAAACACGACGUUUGAAAACAAGUACGGCGUGUACAUCCAUGACUCGGACGUUAGGAAGGCAAACGCCUCGCUUUCUAUCCAGGGCCAAUGCGCGCUUGGAAGGCCGUGGAACGCGCUGCAUCGCUCCAUCUUUGCCAACUGCAAUCUCGAUGAUUCCAUCCAGCCGAAUGGAUACAUCAAGUGGGGCAAGAGUGAUCCAAGGGUUGGUGUCAACACCACCAUGGCCGAGUACAACGACUACGGGCCGGGAUGGAACGAGACGGCAAGGCGGGAGAGUAACGUGACUAUCGUCAUGGGCUGGGACCAAUACAAGAACUAUUCCAGGAUAGAGAAGGUGUUUCAGUAUCCGUUUUCGGGUGAGUUUGGGAAUACGGCUUGGAUUGAUCGACAGCCUGAUCGGUAG